AUGGUUUGGCAGGAGAUGAUGGGCCUCGCCGCCCGCGCGGUGGUUGCCCGCGCUGAGGUCGACGGCUCUAUCCCAGACAUUACCGACCCUUGGCCAGCUAAGGAUAUUGCCUAUGUUGCUAUCAUUGGUGGUCUCAUGUUGGCUGCUCUGCUCGAGUGGUUCCUUUGGGUUGCCGCUUUCCUGUACUGCAUUGUCAAGGUCUUCCAAAAGGCAGAGACGAUCAGUGUUCGCAUCUUGUCCAUUUUCUUCGGUAUCCUCUUCUUCGCGCUCCGUGCCAUCUUCUUGCCAAUCAUGGUCGUUACCCUGCCUCUUCCCUCGCAAGUCACAAAGUACUUCCCCCAGGAGAUGGUGGAUUUCCUCCAGUGGUUCGCGUUUUGGUCUUUCGCCGGUCUGUUGACUGUUCCGUGGCUGUUCUGUGUUUACCAGCUUGUCACCCACUCCGUUGGUCGCAGCCGCAGGAUCAAAUCUGUUCUCGACGAGUCAUCCGCUCCCAAGGUCGUCAUUAUCAUGCCUUGCUACAAGGAAAUUCCCGAGAUUCUUCUCCGAACCUGCGACUCUCUGGUAGACUGUGAAUACCCACCUUCCUGUCUGCACAUCUUCCUCUCCUUCGACGGAGACCAGGAAGACGAGCUUUACCUGAACACCAUCGAGAAGCUCGGCGUCCCUCUUACGCUCGACACAUACCCCAAGUCUAUCGAUGUCAUCUACCGUAGCUGCCGCAUUACCAUCUCCCGCUUCCCCCACGGUGGUAAACGUCACUGCCAGAAGAGGACCUUCAAGCUCAUCGACAAGAUUUACUCCGAGUAUCUCAAGCGAAACGACAACUUGUUCGUGCUCUUCAUCGACUCCGACUGCAUCCUCGACAAGACUUGCAUUCAAAACUUCAUGUACGAGAUGGAACUCAAGCCUGGCAGCAAGAAGAACAUGUUGGCUCAGACUGGUGUUAUUACGUCUACAACUGAAAAGAACUCGCUCAUCACCCUUCUCCAAGAUAUGGAAUACGUCCACGGUCAAUUGUUCGAGCGUUCAGUCGAGUCCGGCUGUGGUGCCGUCACUUGCUUGCCCGGUGCUCUCACUAUGCUUCGAUUUUCUGCUUUCCGCAGAAUGGCCAAGUACUACUUCGCUGACAAGGCCGAGCAAUGCGACGAUCUCUUCGACUACGGCAAGUGCCAUCUGGGCGAGGACCGCUGGCUCACUCACUUGUUCAUGAUUGGUGCCAAAGAACGAUACCAGAUUCAGAUGAACACUGGAGCUUUCUGCAAAACCGAAGCUGUACAAACCUACCAAUCUCUGCUUAAGCAACGCCGCCGCUGGUUCUUGGGUUUUAUCACCAACGAAGUUUGCAUGUUGACUGACAUUCGUCUCUGGAAGCGCUACCCAAUUCUCCUCAUCGUCCGCUUCAUGCAGAACACCAUCCGAACGACUGCGCUGCUCUUCUUCAUCCUGUGUAUCUCUUUGAUCACUACCUCGCAAAAGGUUGCCAACCUUCCCGUUGGUUUCAUUGCCAUUUCUCUGGGUCUCAACUGGCUUCUCAUGCUCUACUUUGGUGCCAAGCUCGGCCGUUACAAGAUCAUGCUGUACCCCCUCAUGUUCAUCGUCAACCCUUUCUUCAACUGGGUCUACAUGGUCUACGGUAUCUUCACUGCCGGUCAACGAACAUGGGGUGGUCCUCGUGCCGACGCCGGUAGCGCUGACAACAAGACUACGCCCCAGGAGGCUAUCGAGGCCGCUGAGGCUACUGGCGAUGACCUGAACGUGGUUCCUGAGACCUUCAAGGCUGCUGCUGAAGCACACAAGCACCGCCCAGCUCCUAUCCCCCUCCAGCCUGGCGAGAACAUCGAGGGUCGCUUUGCUGCUGCGGAACGCCUACCCAACGGAUGGUACCAGCAGGGCAACGACUCUGGCCUUACGCUUCCCAACACAAUGCCCCGCAACCCCAACGUUCCUCACGUGCCUCUCCACCCUCGUUCCUCCAUGGACUCGUUUGCUUCGCAAGAAACUUCUGCCGCCAACUCCAUCUACAUGCCCCGCCGUGUCGAGAGUUUCAUGGACCCCGAGGAUGCGCGCAUCUACCACAAGACUCAACAAACACAAAAGCCUGCCGGUGGAGCCUUCUACGAGGAGCCACGGUCAGGACCAUAUGAAGUCGGUGCGGGUGCUAGUAAGGGCAUGUACAGCGAGUCGGUCGACUCCAUCGAUGACGACUCUGUGUACCAGUCCAAGGGCCCACAACGGCCUGCGCAGAUGCGUACCAACAGCGACCUUGCUCACGCCCCUGUCCGUACAUCGCCGCUAUCCAACCAGCAGACCGGUCUUGAGUCGCCCAAGCCUUCGUACAACAGGACAAACAGCAUGGAGCAGCGUCAGGGACGCAGUCCUCUUGCUCGCCAAUACGUCCACACUGCACCUGGUGACGGCAUUGAGCUCCAGGCCCCACAGCAAAGCAGCCUGAUGCGUGAUGUAUCACCUGCCCCGCUUGGUCAGCCCACGAUGCCAGCGUCAAACCACGGACGAAGCGAGUCAACCGACUCCAAGAAGAGGAAGCGUCUUAGCAAGCAGCAGCCCCGCAAGUAA